UUAAUUAGAAAGUGAAAUAUACGUUAAUAACGUAUGGUACUGUGUAACAAGUAACACUUAACCUCUAAGUAUGAAACAGUUUUCAAUAACAUUAAUGAAUCUUAUCUAACGGAGUUUUAGAAGACAAAUUGAACGUGAAUAACAUUUAUGUGCAAUAAUUGAAUGGGUGAAUUUAUAAAAACUGUGUUAUAAAGUAAAUGAAUAUGACGGCGGCAAUUAAAACAUUGUGGAAGCAAGCGUUAAAUACAUUUGAAGAACGAAGUAACGUUGGAUUUAAACUUUGUCACAAAAAUUUUGACAAAUUGCGGUAUUUAAUGAACAAGAUUACAGCUGAAGAUGUAAAUCUAAAUAAACAAAUUCUUGAUUUCAUUCAAGUACAACAUGCACCAAUGUGGGUUAUUGACAUAUUUGAAAAUAAAGACUUUGCUAUUUCAAUUUUUAUACUAAAACAUGGAUUUACAAUGCCAAUACAUGAUCACCCUGGAAUGUAUGGUUUCUUAAAGGUAAUCAGUGGUAUAGUUCAAGUAAACAAUUAUACUUUAAAGGCAAAUGAGGAUCAUACAAUUAGAUUGAACAAAGAAGUAACAGCAUUUAGACACAAACCAAUAUCUUUACAUAGCAAUUCAGCUGCUUGUACUCUUACACCAAGAGACAAAAAUUUGCAUGAAAUUACUUGUAUUGAAGGUCCUGCUGCAUUUUUGGAUAUACUCAGUCCUCCUUAUGAUGUAGAUGAUUGUGGAAAAGGUCCAAGGCCAUGUACAUUUUUCAAAACUGUUAGUAGUUCUAAGUUAUGUACAGAUUCACCAGAUUUAGUUGAAGAAGUUAAAUUGGUGGUUAUUGAAGGUCCACCAGACUUCUGUUCUGGAAGUCUCAAAUACACAGGACCACCCUUAAUGUGA